AAUGUAAAUGGUGUACUUUGGAAUGUUGUUCUCAACGUACAUUGGCUAGAUAUGAUGAAAAUUCGGGACUAUAUGAAUAUUCGAUUCAAGAAAAUAAAAGAAUUCAGGAUAAAGUAGGAAAAAAUCAAUCUCAAGAUCAACUAUUGAAAGAUGCGCAAGAAUGUAUGGAUGAUAUUCUUGUAAAAAAAAUAUCAAAGAAAGAAGCGAUUGUUAAGUAUGCUGAGAAAAAUCCGCAGUGGAUUACUCAGAAUCCAAAUAAUAUUGCUAUUAUUUGUGAUGCUC